AUGCCGUCGGCGAAGGAGGUUCAGGAACAUGAGGAUCAGGCUCACGCAGUUUUCCGAGCCUGGUGCAAGGCUUGUUGCGAAGGACGAGGAUUGGGAGCACAACAUCGGAGAGAGUUCGAGUUGGAUCCGGAGUUCGGCGAGAACGUGGUACCGAUUGUGGCCUUCGACUACGGCUUCAUGACGCAAGAGGGCGCGGACACGUAUCCGAUCCUGGUGGUUCGGGAGACCAGGUUCAAGCAUACGGCGGCGACGUGCGUGGAGGCAAAGGGCGUGAACGCCUACGCGGUUGCGUUCAUGGUGGGGCUGAUUCGCGACUUGGGCUACCGUAGGCUGAUCCUCAAGUGCGACAACGAGCCCGCCACCAAGGCGCUGCAGAAGAAGAUUGAGGAGAGCGUCGUCGGAGUCGAGAUCCUACCUCAAGGACCGCCCGAGGGAGACCAUCGAGCGAACGGUCUGGUAGAGGCGGCGGUGAGGGAGGUCAAAAGGAUGUGCCGAACGAUACGUGUCGCUAUGGAACUGAAGAGAGGAGAGAGAGUUGAGGACGACCACCCAAUCCUGAGCUGGCUGCCCCGGUAUGCGGCGCAGGCGAUUAGCAAGAUGAGGAUCGGGACCGACGGCAAGACGGCGGAGAUGCGAAGGACUGGUCGCCGGUGGCGCAAGCCGCUAGCACAGUUCGGUGAGAAGGUCUGGUUCCGACGCAUCGGAGAGGAUGGAGGCAGCAGCUAUGCCAGCAGGAUGACCCAGGGGAGGUUCGUUGGCCAUCACGAUCGGACUGGUGCGACGUUGUGCAUGACUGGCAAAGGAGUGGUUCGCGGCAAGUCCUGGACGAGGCAGGCUCUAGAAGAUGCUUGGGAUAGAGCUGGCUGGGGCGAUCUGUGUGGGACGCCCUGGGAGAUGCUGGCCAAGGAGACCAAGCUGGAGAAGAAGGUGACAGCGGACAAGGACGGCAAGGGAGAGCCCCUGCCAAACCCACCAGGGGUGGAGAGGGCGCCGGAGGUGGCGCCAAGGAGGUUCUACGUCCUCACGGCAGACAUCGAGGCUCAUGGAGCGACGCCUCUCUGCCCGGGAUGUGAGUCGAUCGCCAUACAUGGCAAAGCGAAGAGGGCACACAGUGACGAGUGCCGAGAGAGGAUCCGAGAGUUGCUGGAGAGGAGCCUGGAAGGGCGCGCGAGGAUGGAAGCCUACAGGCAGCGGGAGGAGGAGAUGAACAGAUGCGCGCUGAUGAGGAAGGCGACGGACGCGUUGCCGGAGAAAGACAAGAAGCACGAGGAGUGCCAAGAGAGACGCUUCGAGUACCGCAAGAGGCCAGUUCUGGCGCGGGCGCGGGACCAGCUGAGGGAGCCGUACCUAGAGUUUCCGGAGCUGGACAUGUCGAUGCGGUACAUGCAGGAGCUCCUGAACUGGUACAGGCACGAUGAGAUGGGGGACCUCGACCUCAGGGAGUUGGGCGAGCUGAAGGAGGAGCUCGCGGCGUUGAAGGCGCUGGACUUCACCGAGAAGGGCACAGAGGACGAGGAAGCUGAUCUGGGAGCAGUGGACGUGAUGGAGAUCUUCUCGCCCCCGAGGUUCACGGAGGCGGCGAGGAGGCAUGGGCUCAGGCCUGGCGUGGCAGUGGAUCUCUCUACGUGCCGACCGAGUGACGGAGUCGGCUGGGAUCUGCUGAGGAAGGAUGACCAGGAAGAGCUCAACAGGAUCAUCGAGAAGGAUGAACCCUGGCUGCUCACGGGGAGCCCGAGGUGCGACCCGUUCAGCCAGCUGCAGUACCUGAAUAGGCUGACCACGGACGAGAAGGUCCGGGAGCGGAGGCUUCGAGAUGGACGUGAAGGGCUGCGGGUCGCGAUCGAGGCGUACAACAAGCAGUACGAUGCCGGAAGGUACUUCCUGCAUGAACACCCGGCCACAGCUACUUCAUGGAAGGAGCAAGGCAUGGAGGAGUUGAUGUCCCGAGAGGGCGUCUACUACGCGCAGGGCCCGAUGUGUCGGUACGGGCUUCAGCUGCCGGAGAAGUACCGGGACGAGAGUGACGGCGUCCCGGAGUACGUGAGGAAGGAGACGGGCUUCAUCACGAACAGCGAGGAGAUCUGGCAUGAGCUGAAUGGCAAGUGCUCCAACCUGGUUGGAGGAGAGCUUCACCGGCACACCGAGCUCAAGGGCGGAGUGGCUCACUUCGCGGCGAAGUACCCUCCGAAGUUCGUCAGUGCGGUGCUGAGGGCGCUGCGAAGGCAGCUGAGGAAGGAUGGAGAGCUCAAUGCAGUUGACGAGAUCGCGGGACCGGUUCCCGAGAUCCCGAUCGAGUACAAGGAGAUGCUCGAGAAAGGCGGAGGCUUCUGGGAUGAUGUCAACGGCGGUUUCCUUCCGACCGAGAAGGUCUUGGCGGCGCGCCAGGAGGAGAUGGACUGGAUCCACGGCGAGAAGGUCUACGACAUCGUUCCGGAACAAGAGGCUCAAGAAGCAGGAGUACGACCACUGGAUGUUCUAUGGGUCGACACGGACAAGUCCAUGGACCCGAACGAGCAGAAGGUGAGAUCCAGGCUGUGCGUGCGCGAGUACAAGACGAAGAAGGAUGGCAAGGUCCAGAGGGCUCUACCGGCGGCGCAGCUGUUCUCGGCGAUGCCGCCGCUGGAGGCCGUGAAGAUCUUGAUGUCCAAGAUGAUGACGGGAGGCGUGUCCAAGUCAGGCAAGCGCCUGAAGUUGAGGCACUAUGACAUCUCCAGGGCGCACUUCAUGGGCAAGGCUCAGCGGCUGGUGUACAUCAGGCUCCCAGCCGAAGAUCGCCAGCGCUACGGAGAGAAGAUGCUCGGCCGCCUGGUGAAGUCGAUGUACGGCACCCAGGACGCCUCACAUCUUUGGCAGCUGGACUACGUGGAGCUGUGUUGCUCGAGUGAAGGCGGCUUCAAGAGGGGCAAGCAUAACGCGGCGCUGUUCUUCAACCCGACGGCGGACAUCAGCAUGGCUGUCCAUGGGGACGACUUCGUCGUGCUCUCGGACGACGACGGGCUGAACCACGUCGACAGGCUGCUGGCGUCGAAGUACCCGAGCAAGCUGAUGGGCACCGUGGGCUUCGACGACGGCGACAACGACAGCUUGCAGCUGCUGAACAGGAUCGUGAGGAGAGGCCGAGAUGCUAGAGGAGAAUACCUCGAGAUCGAGCCCGACCCGAGGCAUGCGAAGAUGAUCCUGGCGGAGACGGGCUGCGCGGAAUCCACGAAGGCCGUCAACACGCCCAGGGAGAAGAUCAAGGACGCGACGGUCCUCGAAGGCAUCAAGGGCAAGAAGCUGGUCGCGAGCGAGGUCACUCGCUACAGGUCGGUGUGCAUGAGGCUCAGCUACCUGGCGCAGGACCGGCUGGACCUGGUGGAGAGCGCGAAGAGUGCGGCUCAGCGGAUGGCUGGUCCGACGGAGUUCGACUGGCAGCCGCUUAAGAGGGUCGCUCGCUACUUAGCAGGUCGACCGAGGGCUUCGAUCCGGUAUCGGAUGCAGGCGCCGGUGGACAAGAUCGAGGUGUACGUGGACAGCGACUUCGCGGGGGACCCCAUCAGCCGGAAGUCGACGACGGGCUUGGUGGCCAUGGUGGGGUCGCACCCCAUCAAGGGCAGCAGUACCCUGCAGAGCCUCACUUCUCUCAGCGUGGGUGAGGCGGAGUUCUACGCAGUGGUCAAGGGGGCUGCAGUGGCGCUGAUGCUGAGGUCCAUCUACGAGGACUUCGGCGACAACAUGGAGGCUCGGGUGCUGAGCGACAGCACCACCGCCGGGAGCCUGGCCGACCGUCUGGGUGUUGGGCAGAGGACCAAGCACAUCCAGACGAGGUUCCUGUGGGUCCAGGAGCGGGUGCAGGACAAGGACCUGAAGGUGGUGAAGGUUCACACGUCCAGGAACCUGGCCGACCUGGCGACGAAGCCAGUGAGCGGAGUUCUUCUGGAUAAGCACUGCGGAGCGGCAG